AUGCAGAGUCACAGGAACUCCGAUAUAUCCGUUUCCGGUGCGGGCAUGCGCGGGUCACCUUCGUCUUCCCGAAUUGACUCUCGGCUUGAUCACAACGUGGGUUCGGCCUCUGUCAACACAGAUACAGAACGAUCAACAGCGGCAAAGAUUGGCUAUGAUCAAGAUCCUGCACAGAUUGUGAGUAUGGCUUUGACUUUGAGUGAAGGCCGACGUCGGCUGGCAUCUGGCAGAAGGUAUGCUUCAGGGGAGCAAGGCGAACGUCGGGUUAUCUCCACGGCCUCGACUGCCAGUCCGCGUAGUGCGGCUAGGAGGAGUAUUGCUCCAUUUCUGGGAUCGAACCGCCCGUCUUCGAGGACGGGCUCGCCGAAGCCAAGAUUCUCGACUGUCUUUCAAGAACCACGGACAGCAAGUCAGACAGUUGCCAUCGAUAAUGCUGCUGCUGCUGUAGGGCCAGAGAAUGGUUCUGAUGUCGACAUUGAUUUGGCCGACGAGAUAUCACCCGCUACUGCAGCCCGGGUAAAGAGGGCAGAGGCGUACUUCGAGCUUGCUUACGAACACCGUCGUCUGCUGCCACAUCUACCCCCAGUUCGCAGACCUGGUAGUCAGCCACACUCUUCGGGGCCUGAAGUCUUUCAGAAGGCGUAUAACCCACUACAAUAUGUUCGAAACCGCAAGCUUCGCAUUUGGGAGAAGACUCCCAUCGAUAGUGAGGCAGAUGGCUGGCAUGACGUACCAAAGGUCCGGACAUGGGUAGAUGCUGUGAUUUCAAGUCAUCCAGAAACCCAUCAUGACCCUGUCGAGUGUGUCCGGCUACCUCCCUUUGGCCAACGUCCGAAGAAUUCGGAUGAGGAUGUUUCUGGCCAAUUGUCAAAGGAAUUAAAGAGCACAGUGACCUCCAGACUACCAGACCAGUUCCAUGCCAAACCGAUCCGUCCCAGAUCGGAUUGGGUCACUCAUCCGGCUGAUCUGCUGGCCGAUGCGUACUGGUUGGAACAAGGGAUGAACAAGACCAAGAUCCAAGAUCGAGACAACAAUCUGAUCUAUCCUCCCUACACGCAUUUCAAGUUUUCGGGCUGGCGAAACGCCGCACCAGUCGAUGUCCCCCCAACAACACAACAGCCUUCGCCUCCUCCCGAACAAGACGACGAUAUAAUCCCAGAACCGCCUCCUUCAGCCUUGCCUGAAUUGCCCACUUUCACAUCCGCCCUUCACUCGCACCAACAUCUCCGUCACGGUCGGCGACGGGACAGACUUAAGGACACCCUUCAGAUUGGAGACACGAGCAGCUCAAGAGAACGUUCACGACUACGACAGAAGCUAUUUCAGGAUAGUAGCGGAUCGGAGGAUUCUGGUUCAAUAUCAUCUGGCGACGACCUUUUGGAGCGUGGUCGUAAACGAUUGCGGCGCAAAAGAUAUCUGUCACCUGGCAAGGGAGGUCAAGAAAGCCAUUCUCACUCCAGGAAAUCACCUCAUGUCUUUGGUGGCUCUCGCGGUGAUUCGAGUCAAGGCUCAUCAGCACCAAAUUCGAAACGGUCAUCGGUCGACCUUGGGACCUUGAAUAAAUUGUUUAGUGUGGACAGUCUCAAAAGGGCCUCCCCGCUGAACAGGUCACGGACCAGACAGGAUUCUACCCAUGCUGGGGCGACGAAGGUUGCCACACGAUCAAGCCUCGAUUACGAGGCAAUGCCACGUGCCUCUAUGGACUAUGAUACAACCACGGCUCCAAACUCACCCAACGGAGUGGAAUGGCCGAGUAUUGCCAUUAAUCUCUCGCCACCUCCCAGCAGAACCACAUCCCCUAAACGCAAAACUCGGUCUGCCGUGCUACACCCGUUCCAUCGGAAACAUCACAAAGCCCCGGAGCAAGUCAGCACGACUGAUUUUGCUCAUGUACCCCCGGUGCAGGUGAUGCCACCUCAGGGCAGUGAAGUGGACACCCAGGCCGACCAUUCCAAGUCUCGCGGCACAAGUCCGAUGACGAAGGGAUUGAGCCCGUUCUCUGCAAAAGAAGCAUACGCAACGCAAUCAGCACAGCAAGACCGCCUGGAGUCACAAUCGCCCCCUGAUACUGGUCUGAAUCAUGCUAGCAAGGUCAGCACCCGCUCUACAGCCACUACAGGUAGCGACCAUUCCAAAGUCCGGGGCAUUUUCAAAGGGGGAAGAAUUGCGGCAAUCGUUGGCAACGAAGUGUCCCGAGUGGGCGACUUUAUCUGGAAACGUGACCCGCCGCCGCUAUAUGAACAUCGGGGUUCGGUGUCGACUGGUAGUCUUCGUCUACAUUACGGAUCGGAAUCGGAGAAAGAGGCUCCUCAGAACAAAUCCAACCCCCAGACACCAGCGACCAACUUACUAUCAAGGUCGUCCACUGUUUCUAGCACAAGGAGUGAACGUCUUUCGCCAGUCUCCACGAGGGGCAGCCCUCCAGCUAACGGUCGGCCUCGGUACAACAACCCCAACCUUCCCAGCUUCACAUCUCCCUUUCAGAAAGAUCGACAAGAACAAGAAAAGAAGCAGGCAUUAUUGACAGCCGACAAUGACGGGGAACUGUCCGAGUCCGGGGACCAUAUCUCACGCCUUGCCGCCCAGCACCGCUCGGCGUCUCACUCCUCACGACUGGACCGUCUAGCUUUGCCAAAGUUAGAUACAGGAGGGCUGAAGCCUCCCAACGGCGUCGACCGAACGAAAAACUAUGGGUUUGGGGCACCCCUCGAUUUGAGCAGGUCUCGCGAUGCGUCCGACCUCCUGAACACGGCGCUUGGCCCCGCCAGUCGUCCGCCUCUCCGCGUCAGCAAAUCCACCGGCGACGUUGCACAGCCGGAUGGAACUGACGGCGGCCCGGAAAACACCGAACCAGCAGAUGUAUCGUGGCGAGACAUCAGCCGAGCCGAAGCACUGCUUUACAGCUCGACAGUGAAAGCAAGGGAGAUCGGACGACGGGCCGACGAGGAACAAUCGGACCUACCCAAGUUCUUGGUCGAAACUCUCACGCCCGAAAACCGCCGAUUGCACGCUGCGAAUCAGCUCCGCGUCAAGAAACGCGAACGCCACAUCGUUGCCGCGCGAAACAUCAUGCACACUCUGGACAGACACUCGUCGACCUUCAACGAGAAACUGCAGUCCUUCAACAUCUCCAUGGCCCCGAGUCUGCAUACCCAACUGCAGACACUCGAGGACAGGGUGGAGAACACCAUGACGCCCAAGGUGCGCAUCACGGCCGACAAAGCCGGCGAGCUGAGCAUGAAACUCACCACGACGAGUACCCUGGCGGUCAAGCAGUUGAAUGAUUCGGUUGACGCUGCUUUCCGAAGGAGACGCAGAGGUCCAGUCAGGCUCGUCCGUCGGGUCUGGUUCGCUGGGAUCGAGUGGACUGUUGUCGGUCUGCUAUGGUUCAUCUGGGCCGUUGUGUCGAUGGUCCAGUUUGUGUUGGGAGUUUCGAGGGCGGGUAUGAAUAUGCUGAAAUGGCUCUUGUGGAUUUCUUAG